CUUCCACCAGCAGCCGCAUCGACAGCAAAUUGCUAGCGCCUUUCGAGGACGCCCGUUCGUUGGCCCGGCCACACUCUCUGCGUGUUUUUUGUCCCGGCUCGAGCUUGUUGGCGCGAAAAACGCCACAGCUUGUGUAAACGAGUAUCCUUCGAUCAAUAAACAAAGGUACGCUGGCCGCCUGCUUCGCGUUGACGUGUCUCUCGCGGGGCGACGGUCGCGCAGGCCAGCGGCCGGGCGCGGUAGGGCUUGCGGGUCAAUGUUUUGGCCUAGACUAGUGCUUCUGGCAUCUGCCGCCGACCUACCUAGGGGAGGCCCGAUGGACUCAAUGGACAUUCCUUCGCCGAGCAGCCCUCGCUCUGAGCGAGAUGGCUGGACAAUAGUGGACCGGCCGGUGGGGCCCCUCAACGGCGACGCCGACGCAGCGGAGCCCAGCCUGCCGCGCGCUGCCAGCCCUGAACCGGGCUCAGACGAUAGCUCUACCGACCUGCACGAUGAGAUGCACGAUGACAUCAAAUCACCUGCAAGCGAGUCGUUGGCAGACGACGUGCUUCGCGAGCCCUUCCAAGCGCCCGGGCCGCUUCAGCUGCAGGUGGCCUCAGCCGGCGCCGGCGCCGGCCCCGUGGAGGAGCCCUCCACCCCCACCGCCGCCUCCAGCUACCUACCCACCGCCGCCGCCGCCCUGGCCGGCGGCUCCUGCCCCGACCUCACCACAGCCAUCACCUCCGCAGCCCACCACCACCAGCCACACCUCCACCAGCGCCACGCAUCUCAGCACCAGCAGCAGCCGGCACAGCCCCGCGUGCCGUCCGACGUGGCGGCGGCCGCCGCCGCGGCCUUCGCAGCCAUGGCUGGCGGCGGCAAUGGCGGCGGCGGCGGCGCCACUAGCACCGCCCUCAUCGCGCACAGCAGCUGGUCGUUUGAGCGGCACCGCGAGCGGCUGCGGGCGGCUAGCAGGCUGUCGGGCGAGGGCGCCCUGGAGGGCUUCCAGGACCCGCAGGCUUCCGGCAGCGCUGAGACCUUUGGCUACUGCUCCUCCGCCACCGGCAGCCACUCCGCCCAGCAUGAUGCCGACUGCGCCCGCGCCAAGGCCGCCGCAGCCGCUGCCGCCCGCGCAAAAGCCGCCGCAGCCGCUGGCGGCAGCACCGACGGCGCCGAGGACGCUGCUGAUGACGAGUCUGCGGUCGUGACGCUGGGCUGGGAGGGCCUGGCGGCGGGGCUGUGGGCGGACGUGCUUCGCGAGCUGGAGGACGUGCGGGCGCUGCUGGCGGCGGGCGCCGGGGCGGUGUGGGGCCGGCUGGCGGACGGUCAGAAGGCACUGGAGGAGUGGGCGGCGGGCGUGAGCGCCAGCGCACGCAAGGCUGCCAGGGCGGCGGGCCGCAGCGGCUGUCCGCUGUGGGCGCUGGCCGGCGUGUCGGGUCUGGCGGCGGUGGCGCUGGCGGCGCUGGCCACGCAGCUGCUGGUCAACCGCAAGCUGGCGGUGCAGCUGCGGCAGCGGGACCGGGACCUGGCGCGCCUGGUGGUGAAGAUCCUGAACCUGCAGGACGCGCUCCAGAGCGCCGCGCGCAACAUGACGCCGCACCUGAUGCACGUCGCCGCCUCGGCGGGUGGCGGCAGUGCCGGCGGGCGCGGCCUGAUGGGCGCGCAGCUGCUGCCCACCACCACCACCACCCUCAUCGGCAUGGUGUGAGGGAAAGGAGGGGCGUGGAGGGGCGUGCACCCGUCUGGGGUGGCGCCGCAUGUACAGCCCUGGGCAUGCUACAGCCGAGAGGCCUGCUACAGCCGGGGCCUGCAGCAGUCCAGGGGUGCGGCGGUGUCGCACGACAACAGCUUAACAACGUAACCGACAGGCCGGGGUUUUGGUCUAUCUGCACGAACCCGGGGGAGGGGACGCGCAGCCGAACCGUGUAUCAUAUGCAUUCUGGACGGCGUGGGUGAAGGUGCGCAGUCGGGAUGUUUUUGCUGGCGCGAGGGUGCACAUCUUUGGUUCCGUGUAGUGAUUUCGGGAUUUGGGACUGGGCACCAUGCAACUCCACGUGGCGUCUCCUUCUAGGCGCCCCAGUAGGCCUCUCGUAUAUUUUCUCUCACGUCCCAUCGGCUUGGCAUGUGCACGUGGUCACACCCCUAGAGGCCGGAGCAGCAUGUCCUUGAUACCGCACUGUCCGCUGCUGUCCUCUGUUCCAGUUGCACUGCAGUCGAGCCCGCCUGUAAGACGAUCAAUAGUUAGGGUUGUGUGAGUCAUGUAAAUUUACGUGAGAAGGCGGGAGGACUGCUGCGGGAAUGAAGGGACUGUGGCGCCAGGUGUGCUUUGGUGAGACUGCCCAAACACGAUUGUAGGUGAUUGCGUACAGGGCGCAUGACUUGCUAAUGAGCCGGUCGGCUGUCUUAACGGCUGACGAGGCCUGCAAGUUUCUCUUUCGAGGACUUUUGCUUGCAAGUUGUUUACCGUGCCGUAGUGCGCGAUUGUUGGCGCCCGGUUGCUCUUUGACUCAUGACGUCCGUAUUGUAUAAGCGGAUUUCAGGGAUAAGCGGGUUGGGACCAAUGCUUUACAGUUCUUCUGAAAGGACUGCACGGAAUGGGCUGACAGUUUGCUGGUCGGAGAGUCUAUGCGGCAAGGACGUGCAGCGCCGAUGUACGGUAAGAUGUAUUAUAGCCGCUCCAUCCCGGUUACUGCACGUGCUUGAGUGCUGUGCUGCAGUGCUGUGCCGCAGUGGGGUGUAUUAUAUGGAUUUGAGGGCCUGGGCCAAGGAGGAAUAAGUUUUGGCUAGUGUUGUCACGGAGUCUUUGGGAACCAAGAGUGUUGCAACGCCGCACACACGGCAGCAAACUCAUGAGAGCUGCGGGCAGGGAUGGACGAUUGCUAGGGAGUGCGCACUUACAUAUACACACACGCAACACACACACGGACGGAGGCCAGGCCACCCGCCCGACCGACCCCAUGCCGGUGUACAUGGCCUGAGCUGGCACGCAGUUGUGCGGUUGGUGGGGAGUGCGGCCCAUGCUGACACCGCACCCAACACGCGUGGGUUGUGCCAGCUGAUUUCAAGGCUGGUAUGUGGGCAAUGACGUUUGGUGCGUCACUGUUACGCGGAGGAGUCUAGCGAUCUGCACGUGGCGGUUGACGGUUGACUCUAGUCGUUUCAGUUUACGGUAUCCUAUAGGGACUCCUAGUAUCCAUGUAUCAGGGAACAGAGAGCUGUUGGCUGAUGGGUUGAAUGAGAGGUAACGAGAGACGGACGUUCGCAAGCCAGAAUGUGAGGACGCACGGCGUUGCACACACGUGUUUGCAAUCUUCGAAUGGAAACGCAGCGCGUGAGAGCGCGAGCCAUCGGAAGGCAGCAAAUUGUGGAGCACCUUUAUGUUGACGCCGUUGACGCUGGGAGUGGGCAGCGGCGUGCGGCCUUGGGGUUGCGAUUGCCGGAAGGGAAAGCGGCGGUGUGUGGCUUGUCAGGCCAAGGCACAGUGUGCAUCCUGGCGUGCUGCGCGUGAUGAGACAUGGCGUGGCGUGGCGGCAGCCGGGGCCUGCCUUUUGCCCUUGACCUCUCUUCUCCCCAAUGCAUGUCCACCCGGCCGCCACCGGCCCAGUGACCCAAGCCGAGCCGUUGAUCCUGGCCGGGCAGUUGAUGUCUUAAAGCAUCUUCAAUGAUUGAUGAUCAAGGACACCUGUCAACAUGUAACAUAUUCAGAUA